UGUAUAAAAGAACGUAUUAAUUUUUAUUUAAAUUAUAAAUAUGCAGGCGAUGGUUUUAUUAAUUUGCCAAAACUUGAUCCUUUAAGUGUGCCUUUGUUGCACAUACAACCCGGCCCAAAUAGUCCCGUCAAUAUAGAUUUGAUUAUGAAAAAUAAUAUACUAAAUGGUCUGAAAGAUGCCAAGGCCAUAGAUGUAGAUUGGUUUUUUUAAUGUAUAUAUAUUCCUACAGUGGCUUCGAAAGGGAUUUGAGUAACAAACAUGAAAUUAAAUUACAAAUACCUGUAAUUCAUAUGACAGGCGAUUAUAAUGUCAAAGGUCAGGUGAUAGUAUUGCCAGUACAAGGUAUUGGAAAACAUGAUAUAACAUUGAACGAUGUCACCCUUGCUAUACAAUUCACUGGCUCCCGCUAUGUUAAAAAUGGUCGCACUUAUAUGAAAAUCGAAAAUUUAACUGGUUCUCUUACACCGAAAAAGGUCAUUUUUAAUUUUGAUAAUUUAUUCAAUGGCGAUAAAGUUUUAGCCAAUAAUAUUAAUGUUUUCAUUAAUGAGAAUUGGUUGGAAAUUUUUAAUGAAAUUCAUAAUUCACUUUUUAAUGGUCUAACACCAAUAAUGCAGAAAAUUUUUAAUGAUGUCUUUUCGAAAUAUCCCUAUGAAGAGUUUUUCGCUAAACAAUAUUAAAUUUUUAUUCUAUUAAAUAUGUAUAUAUACAUUAUAAAACUAUAAAAUAAA